AUGGAACGCGAGUGUAUGGAGAAGAUCAACAAUUACUGUCAGAAGCAGAAACUUACGCUGGAUUAUGCCAGCAUCAGGAUGACCGGCCCACCUCAUGAUCCUGAGUUCACAGUUGUUGUUAAAAUAAAUGAUGUAGACUAUGGUGCAGGCACUGGUAAAAGUAAGAAGGAAGCAAAAGCGGCAGCAGCAAAAAAAACCUGGGAAAUGAUUGAGAAACAGCAAGAGAGUCCUUCAAAUGUGAAAGCUGCAGAAUUAAAGACAACUCCAGUGACGUCAUUACCUGUACCAGCCAGCAACUGUGCCAGCCUACAAAACAAGCAUUCGCAAGGGACGUUGCAAAUAGUUGAUUAUCCUAAUAAAAAACGUACUGGAGAUGCCCAUGCUCCCAUGUUUUCUGGUAGCUGUACAAAUAGUCAUUCUGUGCAUGGAAUUGGCACUGGAACUUCUCUAGCUGCUGGAAAACAUGCUGCUGGAAUGCAAGUGUUUGAGAAGCUAAAUAAGCAAGACGCUCUAACGAUGGGAAGUGAACAAUCUAGUGGUGAUUCUACAUUUAGCGAACAUAGUAAUUCCUCUCGAGUGCCAACUCAGUUUGACUCAGACAGCAGUAGUUGCUUUGAAGACUCACCUGUAAAGUUAGCAGAAAAAAUGGAAGACAUGGCAAUAUGUGAAAAGCCUUCACCUUCUCAGAGAAACGGACAAAGAUCUGCCCUGAAAUGUCAAAGAAAAAUGGCAGCUAAUUUUGAUAAUGCAAUAAACAAGGAAGAGAAAAAAAAGGUGUCAGAUUUUGAUGAAAGUUUGACAGAUUUGGACACAAAUACCAGUGAGGAGAAUGAAAGUCCAUACACUGUGGAAAGAAGAUUUCUCGACAGUUUUAAAAAUAUAGAGCCUAUUGGUGAAGGUGGUUUUGGAAAUGUUUUCAAAGCAACAGGAAAGAUUGAUGAGAUAACCUAUGCAGUCAAACGAGUUGACUUCACAAAGAAUGUAAAGCGUGAAGUAACAUUACUUGCAAGACUUGACCACAAAAACAUAGUGCGGUAUUAUUGUAGCUGGAAGGGGGAUGACUAUGUAACUUCUCCAAACUCAAGGCAGAAGUCAGGCCAACGCAUUACCUGUCUUUUCAUCCAAAUGGAAUUAUGUGAACAAGGGACACUGGAAAACUGGAUUGAAAAAAAUAGACUAGACCGAAAGUAUCAUGAGAUGGUCCAAAACAAAUUUUUACAAAUUCUGGAAGGAGUGGAAUAUAUUCAUUCUAAAGAGUUAAUUCAUCGAGACCUCAAGCCUCAGAAUAUAUUUAUAUCACAUGAAGAUAAAAUAAAAAUAGGCGACUUUGGUCUUGUGACUUCUGUGGCAUAUGGGACUCUGACUGAGAACACAGGAACAACAUCAUAUAUGGCACCAGAACAGGUCGGGGGUGAAUAUGGAAAGGAAGUAGAUAUUUAUGCAUUGGGAUUAAUUUGGUUUGAAACUCUUUCGGCAUUCAGUCGUCAUGAGAAGAGUAAGGUAUGGCGUGAUGUUAGAGAAGGUAAACUUCCAAAGGACUUCACCAACCAAUUUAUAACAGAGGCACCCAUAAUCAAAAAGAUGCUUUCGAGAGAUUCCUCAGGAAGGUACUCUGCAUCUGAAAUACUUCAUUUUUUAAAGUCUGUUCAUAAAGUCAACUCACUUAAAACUCAUACUCA